AUGGUCCUCCACCUGCCACAGUACCGAUCACCUCCAGUGACCCAGGCCCUUAUUCUGGUCAAGCCGCCUAUGACUCUCCUGGACCUCAGGUACUUCCCGGCGGCAGUGCUAUGGGACCACCACCGGUUCCUCCUUAUGUGGAUCCCUCCCAGCGCCAGACCCUACCACGACUUCGGAGACGAGAUCGCGACCGCCCUCGAGAUGAAGAACGUUCUCGCGCUGAAGACCGGGAUCGUGAUCGUCAUCGCCGUCGACGUCGUUCGGUAUCCCCACUUCCUCCUGACCCUCUACCUGUCAAAGCGCGACCGCAACUUCCUCCUCCACGCACCACAACGGCGACAACCGGCCGAUCCCGUAGUCGGCGUCGCCGCCGCGACCGUGCUGACCGAGACCGUGAUGAUCGUGAUGAUCAUGACCGCUCCCGAGGUGCACGUGAUGUUCCCCAUCGCGAUCGAGACCGUGAUCGACAUCGGAGUUGCCUCUGAUCCGGCUCGGACGUUUCUCAUGAUGCGCGCUCAGGUCGGGAUCCUUUCGGGACAAUCGAGCACACAGCCGUGUCUCCUCCCCGGUCCCGACGACAUCGAAGCCGAACCCCGGUGUCCAACACGCCGGAACAUCACCGCCACCACCGCCGUGACACUUCGAUCAGGCAACAUCGACAUCGAGAUCCUGAUGCUGAUUCUCCCCCACGACGUCGCCUACACUAUUCCUCGCCACGGCCAUCGUCUCGACGACAUCCUCCUCCUUCCGACUCUGACCGACGGGUACCACACUCUGACAGCCGGGUGCACUCCACUCCGCCACCUCAUGAUGAUCCAUCCCACUAUUCUUCCUCCGGUGCACCUCCUGCUCGACGUGAACCUCGCCGUGAUCGCCGAGACCAUCCUUCCGCUCGAGAUCACCGCCUACUCCAGGAACGCUACGAAGACAUCCAUCCGCUCGGCGCCAACUGGGAAACCACCGACCUCUUCCUUGCGUCUCGGCAUCGCCGAAAUGCCUAUUCAUCUCGUACCUGUUGUGUCGCUCACCCCGAAUGCGGGGCAAGCAUGGAUCGUCCGCCUGCUGGCUGCUGGCCGCCCUCUUGUGAUCGAAAUUUUCAGGACGCGACAGGAAGCGCUUUUGGCUUCAUUCAUUAUUCGGACGCUCCGCAAGUCCUCGGACCAAUACGACAUCUCUGAUGUCCUUAAACAAUUACACGACAACCACACCGUUGCUACCGAAGGCCCACGCGACCUUACCAUAUGGGCGUAUCGCGCUCAGCUCUUGCAACACGUGGCGGACAAGGUUGCUGCGACUAUUAAUGAUCUACUACCCCACGGUGAAGUUGCAGCCGGAGGACGACCUGGACUUCUUGAACAAAUUCAACGAUUGCAGCAGGAGAACGACCAGCUAAGGUUGCUUGCCGCUGGCACGGGCGCCGAGACCUUACCUCAUCCACUUGCAGAACCGAACCCUCCACCAGACGCUGCCACCAGACUCCGGGACUCCUUCUCCAAGUUCGAACGACUUGAUCGCCGCGCUGUCCUCGCAUCCAACUCCCCCAAAUCCGCCUCUACCACCGAUGUGAAGAAAUGGCUCGACGGUCUCAUCAAGCUCCAUCGCGAAUCCUACACACCGAAGCUCACCGAGUUACAGGGCAUCUUGAAAGAGGCCGCUUCGGGUGUCCUGCCGCCCCUCGACAAAACCCUUGUGGAUUGGGGAUUGUCUGUCACUUUGGCUUCCAAGUUGUCGGAGGUCAACCAGCAAAAGCUAUUGGCGAUGACUGCGGUCCUCUCCGCCUUCCAGCCAGCAGCUCUCUUGGACUACCACCAGAACUUGUUCGCGUACGCCGUGGCCGCGACUCACCCCCCUAUUGAUGGCAGUCCAGGAAAUUCUAUUCGGCAGACUACACGACAUCCCGAUGACGUCAUGAUCCGUGAUCGCCUGGCCGAGCUCAUUGACCGUCACACUAACCUCUUCUACGGGUUCUUUCGCGUUGGAGACAACUAUUAUCAUGGCCUAUUUGUUCUCACCUUCGACAUCGGCGUCAUCUCGGCACUUUCGGCCACCAACCGCCAUCUCAAUGAUGCACUCGCCAUCUACCUCCUCGCUCGCUCCAUGACCACAGUUGCCCUUCUACCCGCGGAUCGUUCUGAACCUCCUGAUCUUCUUCGUCGGCGUCUUCCACUUGGCUCGGAGUUCUCCAGCAUUGUGCGGUUCUCCUCACUGACGUACCGCUUGGGUAUUCCCUCCUAUUUGACUGAGUUCGAUUGUACGGAGGUCCCCCGCAGUCGUCUCUCCAUGCCUUUGGCACCGCCCUGCAGAGCAGACACCUUCAGGACACCUCCUGGAGCGGAUGAUCGUGUGACACAAGCCGUUUUUGGGUUUCAGGCCCGUGAACCCCUGGUGUACCGCCUCAGUGGCACAUGGGCAGCUUCUCUCGUGAUGGCAGAGAAGAGGACGUUUGAUGCUGCAUUCGAAGGGCAUCUUGCUCAUGUUGUGCACCAGAAUUCUACGAGCAACUCAAAGCAGCCAUGGGAGAGAAGCAUUGUGAAUGUGCCGAGUGUAUUGCCGAAAGCUUUCUUGGGAAGGGGGCGUCUUGGGAAUGUGCUUACUCAUACGGCUGCUGCUCCUGUGAAAGCUCCGAGUGGCCCGUCGGCUAUAAAUCUGACUGCUACUGGAGGCAAGCUGCCACGGAAGGUUGGGCCUUCCUGGAUUCAGAGACAAUCGGAUAACAGACAUGCGGCUGUCAUGAAGUGGCUUCGGAUUGCUAAAGAGGGUGGCGACUUCUUUGGGAUCUGUGCUAGAGUGGCGGAAGAUGCUGAAGCUGGAUUGCCAGCCUCACUGCAGGAGUCUCUAGGAGAUGUUUUCUCACUCAAGGCGAGCAGUACGCUUCACAGCAGGGCUGGCCCGGUCCUGAGAUACAUGGCAUUCUGCUGGCGCAUCAGAGAGCAGCCUUUUCCUUUGUCCGAGCAGAAGAUGUAUCGCUUCGUCAAAGAAUACUGCAGUGGGGCUGCGCCUACCUUUGCCUCCAGCUUCAUGAGUUCCAUUGGCUUCAUGCAAUAUGUCUUGGAGGCGAAGGUCCCGGCCGAUUGUGUUAGCAGCAGGCUGGCUGGCGCAGUUUCGAAGCUCUACUUGGAGAAGAGAAAGCUGCAACAGAAGCCGCCGCUGACGGCUUCACAGAUUCGGGCUUUGGAGCGAAUUGUGCUGGGACUUAUACCUGAAGUCCGUACGGAUGUCGAUAGAUACGCGGCAGGGUGCUUUUUGUAUUGUGUGUUUGCAAGAGCCCGCUAUUCGGACAUGCAGUGUUCUGGUGAGCUGGCGAAAGACAUCGUGCAAGGUGAAGACGGACCGCGUGGGUACCUUGAAGCGAGGGUCACCAGGAGUAAAACGAGUCACAACCUGGAGCGUAAAACCCGAUAUCUUGCUAUGGUCAGUCCGAUAUGGGGCCUUGAGCAGGAUUCUUGGGCGAUGGCUUGGAUGGAGGUGGCUGGCAGGGCGGGGCCCGCAUGGGGGCCUGACAUGCCCCUGCUACCGUCCCCCACCGAGGGUGGCCAAUGGCAGAAGGCGCCAAUGUCUGCGCAGGCUGGAGCGCGGUGGCUUCGCCACCUUCUCUAUCGUGCAGGCGAGGAUGUCGCAUUGGUCAAGGCCGUGGGCACUCACUCCUGCAAAGCUACGCUUUUAUCUUGGAUGUCCAAGUGGGGAGCUAGUAAGGAGAUCAGGUCGAUACUCGGAUAUCAUUCUAGUGCCAACGCCGGCACGGAUGUGAUCUACGCGAGGGACAGCGUUUCCCCUGCAUUGCGUGAGCUGGAGGAAAUGGUUUCUGCGGUCGCUUACAGGCGCUUCUUCCCGGACGCCACGCGCUCGGGCAUGUUUGCGGAGUCUUUGGCUGCCAGGGGAGAUGCUCAUGACAAGGCCGAGGUCGGUUCAGAUUCUUCUUCCGACAGGAGCGAUGACGAGGAGGAGCCGGACACUCUCGAGGAGGAGAAGGUGGUUGAGGACAGUGUCGGCGAUUUUGAGCCGAGCGGUUGCCUUCGAGAAAGCCUGGAGGGCAAGGCGGUUUUUCGGCAUGUCACCACCCGCUUCAUACACUUAGUUUUUGCAUCCGAUCUGCCGGCAGUGCUUUCCAGAGGCGAGGUGAGGGAUCGUAGGCGGGAUGAAUAUGCGCACGGAAUACAAGGAACGCUGUGCUCGGCAUUGCAGUGGUCUCAAGAGCCCGGAGUCGCAAAUGCGGGGUUUGAUCAGACUGAGCGUGAUCUCAUCCUGAAGCACGUUAAGAGUUUGAAGCAGCUGGCCUUCGUGAGCUCUUUUGCUCCGGGGGCUGCGGACGAAGGUCCGUUGAUCGAGGCCCUUAAGGCGAUGCUUGGAAAGGACCCAGAGAUGAGUCAGAAAGCAGCUUUCAGAGCCGUAUUUCAUGAAGCUUAUGCCAUUGUCACUUCGGAGAUGCGACAGCAGGUCGAAAGGGUAGAGGAACCGACAGUUCGUCAUUUGAGUCAGCCCGAGAGGGCUGAGAGAAUUGAGCGCCAGCGUUCACAGUUGACUGGCAUCACGAUAAAAGGUUCCUCGGAACCAUCAGAGGCCUUGGUCGACCUGUGCGUCGGUCAGUACGAGGCCAAUGUGAUUCAGUAUGUGCCUUGGUCUAAGUGCACGUCGCGGGAACAAGAGCUCCUAGGCGACGGUAAGAAGGACCUGAAGCUUUCGAUUGACGGCGAGAGUGGUAGGCUUAAGGUGGAAAACAAGGCCAAAGAUCAGGUGGCCGAUACAUCCACUGAAGUGAUGCUUCUGCAGGCCCUGCAGCGGCGUGCUCUUGCAUUCGAUCAAGCUAACAUUGUCUCUUUCACAAAGCUUGACAUGUGGCAUCAGAAGUUGAUGAAGGCGAGGCUGACUCCACCUCCGCCGGGCUACCAGCAAGUCACCUUCACUCAGUUGCAGAAUGCAGACUCGAGGCUCUUUCUGGAGCUUCAGGACCAUACGCGCACAGGCAUCCAGUCGGAUGCCAAAGGUCGUCCGAUCGAUGGCAUCAUAGAUUCAGUCAGCUGCAUGCACGAGGUGGUGUCGUUGAUGCAGCCGCUACAGGGCGGCCCUUCGUCUUCGUACGGUCCCAGUGAGCCUGCUCGACUGCGGGAGUCACCGUAUAAAGGCAAAGGCAAGGGCAAAGAUGGCAAAGGAAAGAAGCGCUUCGUUGCCAUGCCGAGCGAGCUUCGUGGGUGCAAUUCGCACACCGCGAAAGGACACCCGAUCUGCUAUGCCUUUAACCUGGGGUCAUGCCCGAACAAGGUGACCGGCAAUAAGUGUGAGAAGGGAUUGCACAUCUGUGCAGUCCCCAAGUGCGGCAUGAACCACGCCGCUAUCAAGUGUCCCAAGAAGCCGAAAGAUGGCGAGCAGGCGGGCCAUUCUCGAGCAAUCCAGGAAGUGCUUAAGGCCCAUCCCGAAGGGGAUGAGCCUCUUUCGAGUGCGCCCGAAGGGGCCCAAGCAAUGCCAUUUGAAGAGCAGGGAUCGAACCCACUCGAUCCAAAGGUUCAUGCGGACUCUUAUGCCGAGGAGCUUCUGUCUUUGGACAGGGAUCCCACGGCCCAGGAGUUGAUUCGUUUGUUUGACAUGCUUCCUCAGGAGCCGCUUUUGAGCAAGACUCGUGACGAUGGAGCCGCGGCCUUCUCGACUGGUGCCUACGUGAAGGGGCCUCUGCUCGGUCUCAGGAGUAACUGCAGCAAACAUCCGGCGGCUUCAAAGAUUUUCGCUCAGGCGGUGCAACGCGCUGCCCCGGGAAUGAAAUUUUCUACUCUGAGUGUGUUCUCAGACCUUAAGACGGAGCCUCAUGUCGACCGCUUCAACUCUCCUUUCCCUAACAUUCUUGUGCCACUCAGCAAUUUUCGGAAAGGAGAGGUCUGGGUCGAGUCAGCUCAGGGCGUUUUUCCUUGUGAGGUCGAUGGUGUUACGAAGCGCGGCAUCUUGAUCGAUGUUGCCUCCGGACCGAAGGCCUUCUAUGCUUGCAGCCAUGUGCACGCUACACGGCCGUGGAGCGGCCGACGCGUAGUCAUAGUUGGUUUUUGUAUUGCUAGGGUUCAGGAGCUUGACGUGGACUGUAGGGCGCGCUUGGCUGAGCUUGAUUUCCCUGUGCCCCAGACGCCGCCCAACUUCAGUCCGGAUUUGAUCGAGGUCAGGGGUACCUUCCAUGACCUCAGAAGUUCUCAAGUGGAUGAAGCCUGUGAUGCCCUCCCGGCUCAACUGCAAGCCGCCUCUCUGCUGUGCCUUGACCUCUUUUGCAAUGCAGGCGAGUUCGGGGCCUCCCUGAAGGCAGCCGGAUUCGAUGUGCUCGCGAUCGAGCAACCGCACCUGAAGCAGAGAGCUUUGCUCAGCGUUGUGUCGCUGGAUCUUAGGAGGGCUGCCUCUUGGGACUUCCUAGUUAAGGUUGUGCUCGCUAGGAGGGUCGUCUUUGUGCUUGCCGCCCCCACUGUGGCCGCCUCUUCAGGCGACCUUCCCGAAGGUUUUGCCCAGGUGGCUUCCGAGCUCAGCUCAUUCUUGGCAUUGCUCGCCACUCUUGAUAUCGGAUGGGGAGUCUUGAAUCCGCUAAGCAGCCGGCUGUGGGCGACUUUGGCGCUGCCUGCCUCGCAUGUCGUGAAGUUCGACCUGCUUGCCCAUGGUGGCGAGCAACACCAGCAGAUGCUGUUGCAUACUAACGUCCAGACUUUGAGCGCCCUUGCUGUGCCGUGUGACGAAAGUCAGAAACCUCCUAAAACUUUCCGGUCAGUGACUUCCCUGCGGGACAGACCGCGUUUGUUGUGCAGUCGGUUCGCCGCCCAGAUAGUUGUUUUCGCGGGGACCCUAGGGUUUGCUGUGUCUCCUGAUGCCGUCAAGCCGUCGGCCAAUCAUCGGUCUUCCAUUGCAGUGCAACGCCAACCCAAGGUCUCCAAGGCGCCGCCGCUCAUGCCUGAAUACAAGCAUCGGGUCACUUUGCAGGUUCCAUCCAUGGAUGCUCUCAGGUAUGAUGCCAAAAAUUCCUUGACGGCCGCUUUUCAAUCGGUGCCUGUCGGUGCCCGCAUCCUUCAGGUGGUGCCUGUGCAAGGGGGCGAGGGUCCUUCAGGUUCGGGCUUUAGGGUUACUUUUGGGGUUUACAGAACCGAGGAUGAGUUCGUCAGGACAGCAGUCACUCUGUCCCAUCCUUUCGACUUGUCUUCGGCAGUGCCAGAUGAGAUGCUCGAGAUUCUUGCGUUCACUCUCACCAAAGGGCCGUUGGCUGUCAUGAGGCAUCGCUUGGACACCUUGACGAAAUGGAAAAAGUGGUCUCAGGAACUUCGUGGAGCAGAGGCCUCCUUGCACGCGAGGCUUCACCCAGAUGUCGAGAAGAUAGUUGCACGCAAGAACUUGACCCUCCUGCGACGUGUGGCUGAAGACUUGCAGUGGCCUGAUGCCACGAUAAUCGACGACAUCGAGAACGGCUUUGAGCUUGUGGGUGAGGCCAAGGUUACAGGCAUCUUCGAGGUGGAUCCGAAACCCUCUUCGAUGUCCGUGGACGAGUUGCUUGAUCAUGCGAAGUUCUUGAAGCCAGCCCUGUGGGGCAAGGUGUCGGGAGAUGCGAGCCACCCGGAUGAUCAGGAGCUCUGGGAUCUCACUUGUGCUGAAGCCGAUGAGAAAGGCUGGUUGCAUGGGCCCUACACGUGGGAACAACUGCAGAACAUGUUUGACUCCAAGUGGAUACCUGUGCGCAGAUUCUCCAUCAGGCAAAAGAACAAAUUGCGACCCAUCGACGACCUGUCCGAGAAUGCCGUCAAUCAAGUGCCCACAGUUGACACUUGUGGCAGAGGCGAGGGUUGGGAGCUGCAGCGCCAGGCUCUCGGGAGCAGGAAGACUGAAGGAACGCAAAAGACUUCGACGACUCCUGCGAAAAUCGGGAACAUGGACAGACAGUUUAUCGGGGACGGCAUCUCAGCGAAGGUGCUCUUCAGCGAGAUUACAUUCCCACAACCCUGCAAGACACAAGACGGCAAGUGCAGCGUGACAGGACUUAGCAAUCUUAAGGACGAAUUGUUUACGUGGUUAGAUGACCAGCAGUACCAUGUGAUUUUGUUGCAAGAAACUUGGCUUCGACAUGAUUCGGAUUUCAGCUCCAGGGGCUGGAUAUGCAUCAACUCGGGCAUCGAGCAAGGCAAGAGGGCGCAUGCGGGAGUUCAGAUCUGUUUACGUGCUUCAGUCUUCCCACAGCAGUACAUCAGAUUUCACCACGUGAUUCCAGGCAGAGUUCUACAUGUCCAGGCUAAAUGCAAAGGCGGCUGGGUGAACAUCAUCAACGUGUACCAAUACACAUGGGACACAGCAGCUGAACAGGAUGGAUUACUACAACGCCGAGCCGAUGUGUGGCGAGCGGUUCGCAAAACACUUGGUCAGAUACCUCAGGGCAACUUCUUACUUCUAGGUGGUGAUUGGAACACUGCUCUACCUCACCUACCACCCUGGACAGGUACCGGCAUGAUCAAGGCAAACACCGACUACACGGACAGCGAUUGCCUGGAAAACCUGCUCGCUGACUUUAAGCUCUUAGCAGUGAACACAUUUGGCAGGUCGGCAGGUGGCGGCAAGGUGGGCGGCAUCUUCCGAUCCAGCUGGAAAUUCCGCUUCGGCCUUAUCGUUCAAGGGGAUCCGGAGAUCGCGGAGCGCUACAGACAAGCACUCAGCGAGGCCCUCCAGGGGAUUGACGGUUACAAGCCGCAGUUGCUGAAUGACAUCAUGCUAAAGGUGGGUCGCGACGGCAUCCGGGCUCACUUCGUGCAGCUUUCGAGGCAUUUCGGCAUUGGGCCGCUUUCCAUCGUCUACAUAAGCAAGUCCAAAAACACAGCAGGAGGCUUCGUCGGCAACGGAUGGACCAGCUACUGGCAGAUGCACAGAACGACUGAUGGCAAGCUCAUGUCCCCGCUCGAGGAGGCAGAGGCACUUGCUGACUAUUGGAAGGGCGUGUGCGGGGGCGAUGCUAAGGACACCCCAGUGGGCUCACAGUGGAGUGGCCAGCAGGCCGCCUUGCUUGAUAGAACACAACCAGUUGACAUCACCCGGACGGAGGUGGAGACGGCUCUGCGCGGUUUGCAGAGCGGCAAGGCAGCGCCGAAACAUUGUGCACCACACGUGAUGUGGAAGAUUGCAGCGGGACCAAUAGCCGAUCACUUGGAGGACAAGGUGCUACAGAAGUGGCGUCAUGAGGGUGCUGUUGUGCCCCGAGAUUGGCCAAUAUCACUGAUUGAGCCGGCUGGCAAAAUGAUGAGUGGCAUCAUCAAGGAGAGGCUCACCCCGUACUUGGAGGCCUGGACUUGCCGACUUCCGUUCUUUGGCUACCUCAGAUGGUGCUGGGAGCAUCUGGUCGGCUUCGCCGACGACACUCAUCUGAGGUGGGAGUUCUCUUCUCUAACAGUUAUGCACAGCGCAAUGGAACAAGCUGCCAGGGCACUGGCACUUUUGGAAAGCAUGAGCCUGGUGCUCAGUCGUGAGAAAACGGUCUGCCUCUUAAAAGUUGAGGGUUCGCAAGCUCCUCAUGCCAAGAAGAAGGUGAUCCACACUCGCACGGAUGGCAAGUUCCUUCAGCUCUCACCCCAGUAUACAUUGCCACUCAAGAAAUCACACAUUUAUCUAGGAGCGGUUAUUUCAUACUCGGACUUUGAGAACAUGAACGCCAGGCAUCGUGCACAUGCGGGACAUGUGGCAUUUACACGACUCCGUCAGUACCUUAUGGCCAGGCGCACUCUACCAUUACACAAAAGACUUGCCCUAUGGAAGGCUACGGUGGCUGCAUCUACGCUUUAUUCUAUCACGGCGGCUGGCCUCACACAGAAAAGCUUCGACCUUAUCAGAGUACAGAUGACCAAACAGAUCAGGGCCAUGGCCAAUUCACCCAGGCACCUUACGCUGGAAUCGGACAGUGCUCUCCUGAAACGUCUAAAGCUUUUAUCACCAGCAGACAUGAUAGAAUCGAGACUUCUUGCAUUAGUUUCUCGGACCAGUGAACUCGCUCAGACUCUUCAUCCGGAUGAUGUGCGCAUUAUGCCGCUCAUUGUCGACUGGGAGGCCGCCCGUUUGCAGCAUUUUCGAGACCUACGGAAACCUCGACUCAAACAGGACGGCGAUGAACAUGUUUGCGAGGAGUGCCAAGCAGUUUUCGACUCGGCAGCUGCAUUGAGGCAGCAUAUCGCCAGGCUUCAUAGCAAAGCACGGCGGGAAGCUCCCAGCGAGGUGUUUGAUCAUCACCGACAUGGCACCGACGGGAUGCCGACAUGUAGUAGGUGCGGUCAUCGGUUUGAGAGAUGGGCCGACCUCAACAAACACAUCAAGGGCAACUUUUGUCAGGCAGCCCCGCUGGACAUGAAUGCCACGAUGGUCAAGGAGGCGUACCUUCAACAAGCGAGAACCCUGCCAGCUACUGGCCGGGACCCGCGCACCAUAACACUCACGGAUGCCUUGAGGGAUGAGCUUCUCCAUCAUUGCGGAAUCUGUCGUCAGUGGCUGCCCAACUCUCGGUAUGUCAAAAUCCACUACACCAGAGUUCACCCGGAUUACUGGCAGCAACAUCAGGCUGCCACUCAAAAUUGGAGACGAAAACAUAUCGCCAGAAUCAAGGACAGCUGCUCGUGGUGUGGUGGCACUCCGGGUGCCGGCUCCGUUCAUUCAGACUCGUGCCCAGUGCUUUUUCAACUUACCAUGAUUGAUGCCAUUGUGCGUGAGGAGACGGGACAGAAUGCCGAGGACAGUGAGAGGACAGCAGUGCAGCCGGAACCCAUGCCACAGCCGGUUUUCGCAAACACAUGCGGGAGCAACAUGCAGCAUGGUGGAACGCACGUUCGGAAAAGAUCGAGGCUCUUUGCACAGCGUGGGCACAUGGACUGGGCAAACCCAAAUGCCAAUACUGUGACCAACAUUACAAUCAUAGAGCUCAACAUGCUGGGGUUUGCUACAAACUAUUUCAAGAAGCCGUGCACCGUAGUGUCCAAUCGCACCCGCAUGACGUUCCAGGAAGCCGAGAUGGAGUUGGAUUCGGAAGCCAGCAACCCACAAUCGGCACAGGAGAUCAUGGACGUGUUCGGAACUUGCUUGCCGUCGGUGUUGCAGCUUCAACAAGAACCUACGAACAAGCGAGCCAAGACCAACGAGACACCGACACAGAACUCGGAGCACACAAGAACGAUGCAACCACGGGGAGGCCAGCGGAGAGGGGGUCCACAACAUCCUCAGCGGGGAAACUUCGGUGGCAACAACUCUUCGGACAAGCUCAUGUCGCUAACUCUUACAAUGGCUCGUCUAUGUCUCCGACAAGAAGAAGAACUUCAGUUGCUACGCAUGGACAAGCAAUUCCUGAUUCACUUCGAGAGCGGUCCCCAGGGGUUACUUGCGUCGUUCUUUGCGAUAGCAAAGAAGUGGCACGAGGCUCGACACAAAUCCCCUCCGGAAGUCGCGAACUCCCUGAGAGUGUGCAUGGUGAACAGCAUGUGGCUCGAACUACACAGCAGGCUAGAACGGAUGCUCAAGGACACAACGACUCAGAACAACUUGCACAAACACGGUUGGAUCACCAAGGACGGGGAGAAGAUCAUGUGGCCAUACAAGGUGUGGGACGGGCAACAGCAGCAACUGAUGAUCGACAACAGCCGGGCACCGAUCGAACACAACAGCAUGCUCGACAUUAUCAAGAAGCUCCAGACGAUCUUCUUGCAGGAAACCGAGAAUCUAGUCCACAAGUUUCGCAGCACAAGACGCCUCACCGAGCACAUUGCGGGCACGACUCUGCCGUUCAUGAUGUCGUUGAGUUGUCGAGGCGAACAAGCGGACAAAGCUCACCACCUGUGCACGAUGAUAUCGGGCAACAGCGUGCUCCAGCUUAUCGGGGCGAGGAUGCGACCGGAAAGAGCCAAAAGACAACCGCUGGCGGACAUGCUAGCCAAGGAGAUGGAUCAAAUGAAGGGCGCCCACAAGUGA